GGCAACGAGCUCACGGAUAGGAGAAGCUAUGCGCCACAUUGUAUCCUUUUUCCCCUUCCAGACUCAACACAAGGCAACGCAAUCGAGAAUCCCUUUCUCCGUCUAACUCGAAAUUCGAAAAAUAUGGUGCUUUCUCAGAGGAUUCACGAAGCAUUCAAAGGAACAGUGGAGAGAAUAACAGGGCCGCGAACCGUCUCUGCUUUUAAAGAGAAAGGAGUUUUGAGCGUCUCCGAGUUCAUCCUUGCCGGCGAUAAUCUCGUCUCCAAAUGCCCUACCUGGUCUUGGGAAUCAGGAGAGCCAAGCAAGAGAAAGUCCUAUUUACCGGCAGAAAAGCAAUACUUGAUUACUAGAAAUGUCCCUUGCCUAAGGAGGGCUGCAUCGGUUGAAGAAGAAUAUGAAGCUGCUGGAGGAGAGGUUCUUCUUGAUAAUGAAGACAAUGAUGGUUGGUUGGCGACUCAUGGGAAACCUAAAGAUAAAAGUUACGUGGAAGAAAACUUGCCUUCAAUGGAGACUUUAGAAAUCAAGCAGAUGGAGACUGUAAGAUCAAUACCUUCAUAUUUUGGGGGUGGUGAAGAUGAAGAAAAUAUACCCGACAUGGCUGAUUAUGAAGAAGCUGACAAUGUUAUUGAGACUGAUGCAGCAACUUUACAAUCAACAUACCUUGUUGCUCAAGAGCCUGAUGAUGACAAUAUUUUAUGGACCCGAACAUAUGAUGUCAGUAUCACGUAUGAUAAAUACUAUCAAACUCCUCGUGUCUGGCUUACUGGGUAUGACGAGUCAAGGAUGCUUUUACAACCAGAGCUUGUACUAGAGGAUGUUAGUCAGGACCAUGCACGCAAAACAGUUACUAUUGAGGACCAUCCCCACUUACCUGGAAAGCAUGCAUCUGUACAUCCAUGCAGACAUGGGGCUGUGAUGAAAAAGAUCAUUGAUGUUCUGAUGUCACGUGGAGUAGAACCUGAAGUUGAUAAGUAUCUUUUCUUGUUCUUGAAAUUUGUAGCCUCUGUAAUCCCAACAAUUGAGUAUGACUACACCAUGGACUUUGAUCUUGGCAGCUCCAGUACGUAAUUAGAGGAUUAUACAGCUGUGUAAAUUCUGUUAUACCUGUAAUGCUGAAGCCUCUGCUGGUGUCUCCAAUGCUUCCAAGUGUACCUAGCGCUUGAUAACCACCCCUCCUUGCAUGCGCUGCUUGACAGAAUUAGAGAGUCCUGCUUCGCAUGUUUGUUCAUAAACUACUCGGUCAUAACACUUGUAAAUACGACCUCUGUUUUCAUACUGAAACUUUCUUU